GUGACGUCCCCUACUGUCAGUCCACUGUGAGGAGCUGAGAAGUUAAUGGGAUGUAACCAAAAGUACACUUUUGUUGCUCUGAUGACGGAUGUUUUGGAAAUCGAGGUCAAGGACAAAUUUGCAAAAAGUCGCCCAAUAAUCAAACGCUUUUUAGGUCAGCUGACAAUACCAGUGCAGAGACUGCUGGAGAGACAUACAGCCGGGGAUCAACAUGUGAACUACACACUUUCACGUCGUCUACCGACAGAACAUGUGAGCGGACAGCUUCACUUCAGGGUGGAGAUCACCUCCAAUGGACAUGAAGAUGCCAUGGGAUCUCUGCUGGGAGCUUCCUCUAUGAACGGAGAUCCUGGGAGCCCAUCGGAUGAUGAGGAUGUUUUGCAUCCUUCAUCCCGCAUUGCCAGGGGCCCCUCGCCCACUGGCUCUGAAGGGUCCCUGCACGGUGACGCCUUUAGGACUGACGAGUGCAUGAUGGACCCUGAUGAGGAUCGGCUCUUGAGAGACGGAGCUCCAGAGUCUAUCGAAGGAACCCCGGGCCACACUCAUCGCCAGGCCUCGCUUAACGACUACCUGGAUGCCAUUGAAGCCCCUAAGGGCCCCGUAGACAGACCGAUUGGGGCCGCCUCACCUAAACUACGCUCAAGUUUCCCCACGGACACACGGCUCAAUGCUAUGUUACAUAUAGAUUCUGAUGAAGAUGAGGAGGGACACGCCUCCCGGGAUAUGACAUUGACCAAUGGCGCUCAGCGGCCUGAUGGACACACCUCCUCUGAACAGGACAAAGGGGAGGGUCCCAUGAAAGAGAGGCUUGAAGCAGAAGCAGUGAGCAGCGCCACAGAUACAGAGGCCACAGCAUCAGGGUCGAGCAGUGCCACCACAACGAGCCAAAAUGGAGGUGCUGAGGACGGUCUGGAAGGAGCUGCUGCCUCUGGAGACUCGACACAGAGCACCAGCAGCGCUCAGCAACCAGCUCCCAAAAUACAGGAUGAGGAAGGAGUUGUACCCAAGGUGAUCACUGGGGAAGAAGGAUCAUCAGAGGCUGCUACAGUCACAGAGUCCUCAGCAUCUGCCAGCAAUGCAGCUAGUGAAGGGGGCGGAGCCACAGCAGUUAAACAGCAGGAGCAGGGGAACUCCAGUGAGGCAGCCAAUGAGGGGGAGGAAGAUGCCGAAAUCUGGCAGAGGAGGCAGAGCCUGCAAGCAUCAGGGAACUCGUCACAGGCUGAAGGGAUGGAAUUAACCAAUGAAGUGAGGAGGGCAGCUGACGCAGCACAGGUUGCCACGGUAACAGAAGGAGAGACAGUGCGUCAUGACAUCAGCCGCUAUCAGAGAGUGGACGAGCCUCUUCCGCCAAACUGGGAGGCUCGUAUUGACAGCCACGGCAGGAUUUUCUUUGUGGAUCAUGUGAAUAGAACCACCACCUGGCAGCGGCCCACUGCUCCACCUGCACCUCAGGUCCUACAGAGAUCCAACUCCAUUCAGCAGAUGGAGCAGCUCAACCGAAGGUAUCAGAGUAUUCGGAGGACAAUAACCAAUGAGAGGACAGACGAACAGGCUGCAGAGAUGCCUACAGACGAAACCGACCUGGUGCAUCACUCCAUACCUGAGUACCGUUGGGACGGUGUGGUUGGGCCUACUAGCUCUCACUCCCGCUUGUCUCUGCUGCUUCAGUCCCCCAGCGCCAAGUUUCUCACCAGCCCGGAUUUCUUUACCAUACUGCAUUCCAACCCUAGUGCCUACCGCAUGUUUACAAGUAACACAUGUCUAAAACACAUGAUCAGUAAAGUGCGACGGGACGCGCACCACUUUGAGCGCUACCAGCACAAUCGAGACCUGGUUGCCUUCCUCAACAUGUUCGCUAACAAACAGCUGGAUCUCCCGCGGGGCUGGGAAAUGAAACACGACCACACGGGAAAGCCUUUCUUUGUGGACCAUAACUGCAGGGCGACCACCUUCAUAGACCCACGACUGCCACUGCAGAGCGCCCGACCCAGCAGCAUCCUCGCCCACCGCGAGCACCUCAGCCGCCAGCGCAGCCACAGCGCAGGAGAGGUGAGCACACGACGCCUGGUGGGCGAUGACCCUCGGCAUGCUGGCCCCACUGUACUGCCACGCCCCUCAAACACCUUCACAGCCAGUCGUAACCAGUGUCAAGAUUUAGUUCCUGUUGCCUAUAAUGAUAAAAUAGUGACAUUUUUGCGGCAGCCGAACAUAUUUGAGAUCCUUCAGGAGAGGCAGCCUGAGCUCAUUAGGAAUCACUCCCUCAGGGAGAAGGUGCAGUUUAUUCGUAAUGAAGGAGUGUCAGGUUUAGCUCGCCUCUCCAGCGAUGCAGACUUGGUGAUUUUGCUCAGCUUGUUUGAAGAGGAAGUGAUGUCGUAUGUGCCACCUCAUGCCUUACUGCACCCCAGCUACUGUCAAUCACCACGAGGGUCUCCGGUCUCCUCCCCUCAGAACUCUCCUGGUACACAGCGAGCCAACGCACGGGCACCUGCACCGUACAAACGGGACUUUGAAGCCAAACUUCGGAAUUUCUAUCGCAAACUGGAGACUAAAGGCUAUGGACAGGGCCCAGGCAAAGUGAAGUUGAUAAUCCGCAGAGAUCAUCUACUGGAGGAUGCGUUCAAUCAGAUCAUGUGCUACUCUCGCAAAGAUCUACAGAGAAGUAAACUCUAUGUCAGCUUUGUUGGAGAAGAAGGACUGGACUACAGUGGCCCCUCACGAGAGUUUUUCUUUCUGGUGUCACGAGAGCUUUUUAACCCAUACUAUGGUCUGUUUGAGUAUUCAGCAAAUGACACUUACACCGUCCAGAUCAGCCCCAUGUCUGCCUUCGUUGACAACCAUCAUGAGUGGUUUCGGUUUAGUGGCCGUAUUCUGGGUCUCGCUCUUAUCCAUCAAUACUUACUGGAUGCCUUCUUCACACGACCUUUCUACAAAGGCCUACUUCGAAUUCCGUGUGAUCUGAGUGAUCUGGAGUAUCUUGAUGAGGAGUUUCAUCAGAGUCUUCAGUGGAUGAAGGACAAUGACAUAGAGGACAUGCUGGACCUGACCUUCACGGUCAAUGAGGAAGUGUUCGGACAGAUCACAGAGCGCGAGCUGAAGCCUGGCGGGGCAAAUAUCCCAGUGUCAGAGAAGAAUAAGAAAGAGUACAUCGAGUGCAUGGUGAAGUGGCGUAUAGAGCGGGGUGUCGUCCAACAGACGGAGAGUCUUGUGCGAGGCUUUUAUGAGGUUGUAGAUGCACGGCUGGUGUCGGUGUUUGAUGCACGGGAGCUGGAGCUGGUGAUCGCUGGAACAGCGGAGAUUGAUCUGGGAGACUGGAGGAACAACACAGAGUACAGAGGAGGUUACCAUGACAACCACAUCGUGAUUCGCUGGUUCUGGGCAGCAGUGGAGCGAUUCAACAAUGAGCAGAGACUCAGGUUGCUCCAAUUUGUGACGGGGACGUCCAGUAUCCCAUACGAGGGCUUCGCCUCCCUAAGGGGCAGCAAUGGGCCACGACGCUUCUGUGUAGAGAAAUGGGGAAAAAUUACGUCUCUGCCCAGAGCUCACACAUGUUUCAAUCGUCUGGACCUCCCCCCGUACCCCUCAUUCUCCAUGCUGUAUGAGAAGAUGCUGACAGCAGUGGAGGAGACCAGCACUUUCGGUUUGGAGUGAAUGUUGACCUUUGCACUUUGAGCUGAUCAAAUAUACUUCAUUUCCACCACCUGUCUAGAAGAGCAAAGAAAAUAACCAUCUAAACAGACACCAGAAGCACUUAGACGUAUAUUUUGUACACCGGAUCACUUAAAUAUACUUCCUCGGAAAGAAACAAACAGAAAACAAUCGGUCACACAAGUGAGUUGAACUGGAUUGACAGUGUGGAUGUUCUCUGAAUGUUUCUCAGGCGCAAACAUCGAUGACGCCACAUUGAUCGGCUCUGAUUGAAUCGAGGAGGACGUGUCCACCCAAAUGCAAGGAUGAGUUACUAACUGAUUCAAUUGAAGAACAAAACAAACCCAAAUGACUUUGAUAUUCUCACACUCUUUUUAUCUGUAAAAAAAGACUUUUCUACAUAGCAUCAAAAUGCAGCGUGAAAGAACAAAUAUUGUGUUGUGAAAGCUUUUUCAGACGUCUCAGAUCGCCUCAAACACUAUCACACACGACAAAUGACAGCGCUGCCCUCUAUAUUGAAAUUAAAUGUAUAUGUUCUCUUUUUAUCAUAUUUAUACAUUAGUCCAUCUCAUGUUUGUUUUGACACCAUAUGCUAUCCAAGUAGCCGUCAUGUCAGAUUUGUGACACUUUUGAAUGAAUUUGGUUGUUUAUAUACUCCCACAUGCAAUGUUUUCAAAGGGCAUGUUACACUGAAGUGCACUCGCAGACGUACUACAACUUCUUGAAUGUGACCACUGUGUGCAAAUGAUAAAAAAUGAAAAACAGAUGAUUUUUUGACUUAGUAGUCCAACCUUGGCCUUUCUGUUGUCCUCGGAUAACACAAUUUUAUUUUUGAUGACAUUUAGAAAGAGAAUGGUCACACACCUACUAAAUAAAGCUAUAGAAACACUUAAAGUCAACAUGAAAUUAAAACGGACCCGAUUUGCGUUAUUAAUAUGCCUCAUUAUGGUAUAAUAAAAUACCAUAAAAUGUAAAAUGGCUUUUGUUGCCAUUUCAUGUUGUCUUCCAUAUCCUUAUAUAGCUUUGUUGUGACAUUAUUGUUUGCUGAUAUGAACACAGCUUUUUUGAAUCCCCCCCUUACCUUUUCAUUUUUCACUCUCUUUUCUUGAGUCAGACAGUGUUUUCAUGUAUGAUGUGAAACUUGAAUAUCAAACCCACAAAACCAUAUCAAUACAUUCCAGACUUUUCCAUUUGCGUUAACUCAACCCAGCCUUUUACAAAACACUGCCGUGGCUGCGGGACGCUGGAUUGUACUCUAGUUCUGAAUGUUUUGUAACCUAAAUUUUGUGUAAGAAAUUAAUAUCGCUUCCAGUGAAAACUGGUAUAGUUGAAACUGCCAUGGGGCUUUAUGAGGGCCAUCAAAUUUUGGAAUAGCAACAGAAGAAAAACACGAGCAUAUCAUCUUUGUCGAUUAGAUUAUGGCUGGCUAGAUCAUUAAUACAAACCAGAUAGAUCUUCGUUUUUUUUUUUUGUAUUAAGGCAUUUGCAGUGCCAUGCUGAUAUUUGUGCUGAAUGUACCAAAGGUUUAGGGCUGCCGUAGACUUGUGGAUUUGAAGAUGAGUAAAUUAAUUGUCCAUCUUUUAGUCAACUGUUCCUUUAAAUGUACCCUGCCUUUCUAAAGACCAGAGGCUUCAGACAGAGAUCACACAAAUGUUCUGGCUUUCUGCUGAUGUUCAUUACUAGAAAGCUGCUGCUUUUGACUGUCUGUACCACUUCAAUUUUGCACCAUUCACGUGCUCUGAAACAGGUGACUGUUGAUUGGAUAACAGCUUUCAGAGCUCCAUAUUUGGGUUUUUCUCUUUUUUGUUUCAGCUCAGAUGAUUGUAUAAAGCGGUUUAAAUCACGGAAAA